AGGAAUUUGAGAAUGAUUUGAGUGAAUGGGGUGUAAAUGAUAUAGACAUCGGAAAGAUGUUCACACAAUUGUUUCACGACAUCGAAGUGAAUAAUCACAAUUCUAAGGCCUGUAUUGACUGCAAUACUACUAUCACUUUUGGACGAGCGGUUAUAAAGGACCCUGCUACCAUUAGAAUGGUUAUACCUGCCGCAUGCAAAAAUGCAGGCUAUUCCCAGAGGGUAUGUGAGGGCACAUUGGACCGAAUGGCUGAUCCUCUCGCAUACCUCUUCCAACACUCGAAGAUAACAACACCUGAAAUGUGUUCCACUCUUCUAUCGCCAGACUGUAUGACAUAUUUGGGACUACCGUUCAGUCAUGCCGUUAAUUGGGAGUUAACUUUGCCAAAACCCAAGCCAUUUGUACCAAAGUCUGGAAAUGACAAACAAUUAAAAAUGUUACAUUUAACUGAUAUUCAUUUGGAUCUUUACUAUACUCCCGGCUCUAACUCUGUAUGCGAUGAACCCAUAUGUUGUCGGUCCACAACCUAUGGACACAACCAUUCAGCCGGUUAUUGGUCUGAAACGACACAGAACUGCGAUUCUCCGCUUAUAUUCACUGAAGACGCCAUCGGAGAUGUGGCCGAAACUCACAAAGACCUGGAUUUUAUCAUAUGGACGGGAGAUAACAUCCCUCACGACGUCUGGAAUACAACAAAAAUAGUUAAUUUAAAACAUGUUGAAGCCGUCACUGAUAUAUAUUCUCUCGAAAAAGCGUCAAUUGAAUCAAAGGGUAAUUUCUCGAUGAGUUGGCUCUACAAUGCAUUGGCCGACGAUUUGUGGAAACAAUGGAUAGACACGGAGUCGGCGAAGAAGACAUUCAAAAAGGGCGGAUAUUAUGCCAAACAAUUUAGCGAUAAAUUGAAAAUUAUUGCCAUGAAUAAUGCAAUUGCGCAAAAUGAAAAUUAUUGGAUCGCAUACGACCCAGUUGAUCCUGAUGGCCAGCUACAGUGGCUUAUAGAUGAACUUGAUAGUGCGGAACAAGCUGGAACAUAUGCCAUGAUUAUAAGUCAUAUCCCACCAGGUGAUUGUUACGCCUCUUGGGCUAACAACUACUUCCGAAUAAUGGAAAGGUAUCAACACGUGAUCGUUAGUCAAUACUACGGUCACACACAUAAUGACGAGGGACUGCCAUUAGAUUUUGAUGUGUAUUAUACUAAUGUAACCGAAGAUAACAUUGAAGGCAAACAAAUACAUCCAAAAUGGAGUUCAGAUCCUUCGGCUAAAAAGAUCUAUGGAAUGGAUUCACUGACCACUCAAUCGUGGGAUGACUUUAUGACGAGAGCACAAACUGAUGAUAAACUUGUGGAAAAGGAAUUUGAGAAUGAUUUGAAUUACUUUGGAAUCAAUGAUAUCGAUAUUGGAAAGCUGUUCACUCAACUACUCAACGAUAUCGGAGCUCAUAAUCACGAUUCUAAGGCCUGUAUUGACUGCAACACUACCAUCACAUUUGGCCGGGCGGUUAUUAAGGAUCCAAGUGUCAUCAGGUUUGUCAUACCAACCGUUUGCAAGAAUGCCGGCUAUUCCCAGAGGGUAUGUGAGGGCACAUUGGACCGGAUGGCCGAUCCUCUCGCAUACCUCUUCCAACACACGAAGAUAACAACAGAGGAAUUUUGUGCCACUUUGUUAUCACCAGACUGUAUGACCCAUUUUGGACUACCUUUGAGUCAUCCCGUCAAUUGGGAGUUAACUUUGCCAAAACCCAAACCAUUUGUACCAAAGUCUGGAAAUGACAAACAAUUGAGAAUGUUUCAUUUAACUGAUAUUCAUUUGGAUCUAUAUUAUACUCCCGGCUCUAACUCUGUAUGCGAUGAACCCCUGUGUUGUAGGUCCACAUCCCAUGGACACAACCAUUCAGCCGGUUAUUGGUCUGAAACGACACUGAACUGCGAUUGUCCGCUCCUAUUCACUGAAGACACCAUCGAAGAUGUGGCACAAACUCACAAAGACUUGGAUUUUAUCAUAUGGACGGGAGAUAACAUCCCUCACGACGUCUGGAAUACAACAAAAAUACAUAUCGAAGCUGUCACCAAUGCCCUCAAAAAAUCAUUUCCAGACAAACCUGUAUUUCCUUGUUUAGGCAAUCAUGAAACACAUCCCAUAAAUCUAUAUUCUCCCGAAGAAGUGUCAAUUGAAUCAAAGGGUAAUUUCUCGAUGAGUUGGCUCUACAAUGCAUUGGCCGACGAUUUGUGGAAACAAUGGAUAGACACGGAGUCGGCGAAGAAGACAUUCAAAAAGGGUGGAUAUUAUGCCAAACAAUUUAGCGAUAAAUUAAAAAAUUUGGAAACCAAUGGCACGUAUGCCAUAGCGCACGGCUAUAUCGGCGCCAGUCUUACUACUUAUUCACUGAUUAACCCCGGGGAGUGCCAUUAGAUUUUGAUGUGUAUUAUACUAAUGUGACGGAAGAUAACAUUGAAGGCAAA